GAAAGGUCUGUCUAACUCCUGACUUCACCGCGAAAGGUUGGCCCAGCUUCCCAUUUAUUUUCACUCGAAUUGCGCUCUCUUUCAAAGUACACGAUACAAGUCGGAUUAGCUUCGGUGGAAUUCCCAUCUCUUCCAUUGCCAGGUAGAGCUCUUUCCUGAUAAUGGAAUCAUAUGCUGUUUUAAAGUCAAUGAAAAGGAUCCAUAUAAUCUUGUUGAAUUCUUUCGUUUUCUCCAUUAUUUGUCUUAAAGAGAAUAUCUGGUCAAUAGUUGACCUAUUCCUCCUGAAACCCUCCUGGUAAUUGCCCAACUGAGGUUCCACAAAAUCCACAAUUCGAUUAUACAGAAUAACUGAAAAUAUUUUGUAAACAGUAUUCAGGAGGCUAAUUCCCCGAUAAUUAUUACAGUCUAUGGAAGCACCUUUCUUCUUGAGUAAGGGAAUGAUGACAGAUUUCUUCCAGCUAUCUGGCAUUUUUUCAGUCUCCCAGAUAUUAACUAUCAGAUGAGUCAACUCCUCGGCCAGUGCUGACCCACCAAUCUUCAAAAACUCCGCUGGUAUGCCAUCUGAACCUCAACCUCAUCUAAAUCUGGUGGGCUCACUUCAUGGUCAUUCUCAAUGUCUCGAAAAUCCUUAUCAGGAUACUCGUCAUCUUCCCUAGGGUUUAGCAAUUCCUGAAAAUGCUCCAUCCAUCUACCUUGCACAUCUUGAUCCUGGAAGACCAUUUUCUCAUCAGAAAGCUUUAUCAUCGGACAGUUAUUUAUAAAACCUGAUUUUAUUUUAUUUAUUUCACCGAAAAACUUUCUGGCCUCAUUGUCCCUGCUGUACUCUUCCACCUUACGCCAGUUUCCCUGUAAUGCAUACCUUUUCUUUUGCCUCAAAAUCUUUUUUGCAUUAGCUCUGGCUUCCUGGUACUCCUUUCUGUUCUGUCUAGUAUCCCUGUUUAGAAGUUUUUUCCUCUUUUCGUUGCGCACAUUGACUGCUUCUUCACACUCCAUGUCAAACCACACGUUUUUUAGCUUUCUGUUUCCAUCCCUCUUACAAUGUUGGUCAGCUGAAUCAGCUAUAGCUUUUCUAAUAUGGUUCCAUUCCUCAUUCACAUCUCUUCCUCCAAUUACAGCUGGGAUGUUACCUGCACCUCUUUCAACGUCUCUCAGGAAAGCAUACCUUAUUUCCUCUUCCUUUAAAUUUUCUCUUGCCCAGGUGAUCUGCGGUUUACUUCUUUCAAACAUUCUUAUCUUAUAUGCAUGUUUGAUCUUUGCAACUACCAGAAAAUGAUCAGAAGAGAUGUCUAGCCCCCUAUAUGAUCUCACAUCAUUAACUAUAUUAAAAUGUCUACUAGAGACCACAGCGUGAUCGAUUUGAGUUGCAGUUCCAUUUGGUGACAUCCAUGUUUGCUUGUGUUUUUCUUUGUGUGAAAAAACUGUACCUAUCGCUACUAGUGAUCUAGAUGCAGCAAAACUGAUCAUUCGUCCUCCAUUGUUAUUUGUUUUCACAUGCAAGCUAUGUUUGUCAAUGGUAGGGACAAGGUAUCUUUGCAAAUACUAUAGAGGUACUGAGUGUGAUCCCUGUCUUCUGUGUUAAUACUCAAAACGAACAGACCCGAAAUAAAGUAUUUUUUAAAUUUUUUUUCAGCAUGUUUGGCAAUAUACUUAUAUUUGUGGUUAUUACAAAUCACUAUAUAGUCUCGGAACACCAAAAGCAUGGCAGAGUUAAUUUUUUUUUUCAUUCAGCUUGUCAAAACUAAACUUUGUUUCAAAAGGGUCAAAACUGAAGAAGAAUGAAAUAUCCCGAUUUUAGAGUUUUGAAAUUGAAAUAUGAAUUUUGUCUGCCACACAACAGAGAAGAUAGUAUGUGUUUUUUGUGUUAAUACCGAAUGCGAUGGGAUACUUAUUUUCAAAUGGGAUAGAAACGAACAGUUGUGUAAUAACUGAUCUUAUAUUUUUUUUAUCUAAAAUGUUUAAUUUUGUCAACACAACGUUCGGCAUAUUUAUACUUAGCAGACUUUUUUUUUUUUGUUUUUUUUUUUGUCAGUACCAAACCUAGUUUCAACGGGUACAAAAACGAAUAUAUAUGAAUCAGCCCGAGUUUUGAGUUGUUUGUAAUGUUUUGGAUCCACCGCCACUUUCAAUUCUCCUCUGCCUCGAUUGACAGAGUGAUCGAUUUUGACAACAAAUUGCAUUUAAUUUUGAUUAAUAUUUUUGAGGUGAAAUAUCUGAAUGUAAGCUGAGAUAUCUCCGAGUCUUCUUCUCUUCGGCUCUUGGGCUAGGUCCUUUGUAAGGAAGUACAGCAGAAACAUCUAAGCUUAGCGGUAUGGGCUAUUGGACUGAGAUGAUGCUUAACCGACUGUUUUUCCCCUUUAUUAAUACUAUUAAGGAUACUCAGUCUAUUUAGGCUGGAUAUGCCCAAGAAGAUCUCCUGGCCGUUGAGGUGGAUUAGCAUAAUCAUAAACAACGAUUACGAUUACAGUAAUAUGAUUACGUGAUUACGAUUACACACUGAUUUCGAUGCGUGAUUACACAAUCAAUCGUAUCAUAUUUCUUAUGGUCAUUAAGUUUCAUUUUCAGUUGUAAUAAUCUAAUAAUUGAUUCCAAUUUUUCCCAUCUCUGUCCACGGUUGAAAAGCAAAAUAAAAAUUAUCCGCCACAGCCGGGUUCGAAGUUCGCCCUUGGUGUUAGAAGUACAGUGCCUUGCUCACAGCAAUAACUCGCUUCCAUAAUAAUUGAUAUUUACAGUAAAUUAAAAGGUAUGUAUCGCUUCUUGUACUUUAAAGGUUAGACACUUUUUAUGUUUAUAUAUCUUUGGUGUUUUCUUUGUAACGGAUUUUUUCGUACUUCCUUAUUUAUGUUCGAUUACAGUAUACAGGAUUGUAACAUUUGACAGGUGAAAUUUUUGGACUGUUUUAACAGUUGUUUAAGGUAUUUAUUUCCUGUAAUUUUUAUUUUAGUUAUAGUCUAGAAUUUCGAAAUAUCAGCUGCUUGUUCAUUGGCUGAAGAAUAAUUUUUUAUAGAGUAGUGCAGUUGAAUUCUGUACUAUUUAUAUGCAGAAUGCAGUGAACAGUUCUGCGUUGUUCUUGUUUUUAUUAUGUGGUUCUUCAAGGUAGUGAAUAACAUCCAACCACAAUUUCAUAUAAAUAGUUUCCAAUGUUUUGCUUCCAUACUACAUAAACCAUCUUGGUUCUUUGGUAGAUUAUUUGGCAUACUUGCUACUGAAUAUGCUCAAGUUUUUGAAGUUAAAGAAAGAUAUCUAAUAAUGUCACUAGAAGAUAAAAGACAGCAAUAUAGAGGAGGAAAGUAUACCGAGCUAAGCUCAAUUCCUACUUGGGUGGAAUACUUCGUAAAAAAUAGAUCCCGUCUUAUUGGGCAAAUGCACACGGAUUUCAGCAUCAAUUUACCUGUUGAAAAAGAAGAAGUUGACAGUGCCUUAAAUGAUAAAGUUUCUUUGUGGCAAGGUGAUAUCACAACUUUAGAAAUAGAUGCAAUUGUUAACGCUGCCAAUACUUCUCUGCUUGGCGGUGGAGGAGUCGAUGGUGCUAUUCAUAGAGCUGCUGGUCCCUCACUUGUUGAAGAAUGUAGACUAUUAAAAGGUUGUGUCACUGGUGAUGCUAAGAUAACUGGAGGUUAUAAGUUGCCAGCUAAACAUGUGAUCCACACUGUUGGUCCUCGAGGCGAAAAACCUGAUUUGCUGGAAUCUUGUUACAGAAAAUGUCUUGAAAUAGCUGUAAAUCAAAAUCUUCGAACUAUCGCAUUUCCCUGCAUAUCUACUGGUAUUUAUGGUUAUCCAGCAGAUGCUGCUGCUCUAGUCGCAUUAGGAAGUGUUAAGUCAUUUUUGGAAAAAGAAUCAAGCAAUAUUGAUAGAGUAAUUUUCUGCUUGUUCUUGCCAACAGAUGUAAGAAUAUAUGAAAACUUGAUGCAGCUAUUUUUCCCUGUAGAAUAGUCAUACUGUACUCUAUUUUGCAUUAUACUUUAUUGUGAACUGUGGUUUGUAAAAAAAAUAAAUUAUAAUAAUAUAUGGCUCUUUUACGUAUUCA